ACACACACACACACACUCACACAUACACUCGCACUGUUGUACGCAGAGAAGAAAAGACCGUGGAAAGGAGAUUGACCGACUCGCACUUACACACGACAAAAGCAUUUGUAAGUUCUCGCCGAGCAGUAACCACCCUUGCUGCGCGUCACCAUGCAACCGCUGCUCGCGAUGCACGUGCGAGCGCUCGUGCUGAUGCAUGUUGUCGGCGGGAUCUGCGGGGACAACAUUCUGCUGUAUCCGUACUCCGUGUUUUUUAAUUCCCGAAUCAUGAACAUGGAGAAGCUUGCCCUCAUGCUGCGGGAUCACGGACAUAACGUUACCAUACUGGUGGAGGCAGCGUAUCAGCCAACCCGACCGCUCGCGGGGGUCCACCUGGAGAAAUUCACCGUCAAAAACACCCCGCUCGUCUCUCGAAUCAAACAGCACUGGGACUUUAAAGCGGCAUUAGAGUUCGUGCACAUGUCCUUCCCGAAACAAAUCGCGUUCAUAGAAGAAGUCAGUUAUUCCGUGGGUGACAGUUUGCUUGGGGAUCGUGAAGUCAUGAAUAGAAUCAAACACGGCAACUAUUCUCUCUUCAUCUACGACUGGAUUGAUUUGUUUGGACCAAUCCUUGUCCAGUAUCUCAACAUUCCGACCAUAAUCUACUCAAACUAUGGGUUCGAAAACUGCUGGUCAAUUUUUCAUAACCCGGUCAAUCCGGCAUAUAUCCCCGUUAUUCAAGAUGACCACGGGUAUUCCGACGAAAUGUCCUUCUUCCAACGCCUGCAGAACGCUGUCUUAUUUUGGGUAACUGAAUAUUAUCUAAAUAUCGCCGCCACUAACAAAAUUGAAAAUCUGAAGAGAAAGCAUUUCCCCGAUGUCGACUGGCCCCACGUCAGAUACGCUGGAGAAAAAGUGUCCCUUAUUAUCGCUGCCAACGUCCACUUCGCCUUCGACUAUCCACGCCCUGUUAUGCCGCACGUGAAACCAAUAUCCGGGCUCCUACACACGGCCCCCCGCCCGCUGCCCGCACACCUAGAGGCCUUCAUGUCAUCUGCUGCAAACGGUGUCAUUUUGCUGAGCUGGGGUACUGCCAUGGCAACGCUGGAUAAAGACCAGGCAGAAAUACUAGCAAAGGUAUUCGCAAAACUCCCCCAGAAGGUGAUAUGGCGGUACAAGGGGCCCCCACCGGCACACCUGGGCAAUAACACCCUACUGGUCGACUGGUUACCACAGAACGACGUCCUAGCUCAUGCCAACACCAAGCUCUUCAUCACCCACUGUGGCGUCAGUAGUAGCUGGGAGACCAUGAUCCACGGGGUGCCCGUAGUGGCGGUGCCGCUGUGGGGCGACCAGUAUCAUCAGGCAACCAAACUGGUCACCAGGGUGAAAAUGGGCGUUAAGAUCGAAUUCAAAAACUUAAAUGCUGACGACUUCGAGAAUGCCAUCCUAAACGUGCUACAAAAUAGCGAUUAUAAAGAAAAUGCCGUGAAGAUAUCGGAGUUACUUCGUGAUCAACCCUUGCCUGCGAAGGAGCAGUUUCUUUAUUGGGUUGAUUACGUCAUACGUCAUAAGGGUCCGCUUUUCUUUCGGUCAUACGCCACCUAUCGUCUGGCGUGGUACGAAUACUUUUUGUUGGACAUUAUGCUAUUUAUUUGUGCCCUUUUCAUGUUCGCAAUUUUUUUGUUAGUUUGGUGCCUUAGGUACGUAAAUAAAGGGACAAUUUAUUUUUCGAGUUCGCUUUUCGGCACCAAGGAGAAGAAGACAAAUUAAAAAAACAAAAACAGUUAUGGUUGUAUGGCAUUUUUUAUAAGCGGAGAAUGUAUUUCUUUUCUUUUUUACUUUAAUGAACAACAUUCACGCCAUGUUAUUGCUUUUUCUGUAUAUUUUGUUCUAUUUAAGCAGCGUAUAAUUAUUAUGGAAUUUUAAAGUCGUUAAUAAUUUAAAUAAAUAGCCUAUUUAUCCAUGACAAAUAUGUGUGACAAGUGACAAGUGGGACAGCAAGUAGGCCUAAUGCUUGUUAAUCUCAACUGUUUUGAAGACUGACUUCAUCAAAACAAAUCUUUUAACAUUUUCAGUUAAAGUAUCAUCGAAUUUUAAUACCAACACACUUAUAGGUUACUGAAGCCAAAUUUAACGUGGAAAACAUUCAGGAAUUGCUGUUGGCUGGUAUCCAUUUUCCCUAUCAUAUCUUAAAUUUUGUACUCAUAAGUUUUUUUUGUGUGCGAGUGAAUGUAUUAUGAUUUUCAUGAAUCUAAAAUGCUGAUAAACUUUGAGUGCACAGAAGUGAUAUCUCACCGCUGGAGUUGUACAUUGUUUGUAUAAUCUGAUUGUGUUUGUUGUGAUAUUAAGCUUUUCUAGAGCAAUAUGUCAGCUAUCAACAACUGCAACAGAGCUGAUAGUUUUACUUUUAUCAUGGAAUCCACAGAGGAACAUUAUGCGUGGCAAUAGCAAAAUCUCCCUACGUUUGUUUUGAAAAAAAAUGGCAUAACUCUAUUUUGUGCAUAUUUAUACUUGUGGUGUAUUUGUAUGGUAGGCCUAUAUUUAAUAUACUUUGUAGCU